AUGCAUCCUUGUCAUUUCUCUCUCUAUGUAGCCAUCAGGUUCGGGCGGAUGCCACAGGCCGAGAAGGAGAAGCUGUUGGCGGAGAUCUCCAGUGAUAUCGACCAGCUGAACCCAGAGUCGGCUGAUCUCCGGGCCCUGGCAAAACAUUUGUAUGACUCAUACAUAAAGUCCUUCCCGCUGACCAAAGCAAAGGCGAGGGCGAUCUUGACAGGAAAGACAACAGACAAAUCACCAUUUGUUAUCUAUGACAUGAAUUCCUUAAUGAUGGGAGAAGAUAAAAUCAAGUUCAAACACAUCACCCCCUUGCAAGAGCAGAGCAAAGAGCCAGAGCAAAACAAGCCAACAAAAAGACGGGUGAGUAAUUUAGUUUGGCUGAAAAUGCCUCCGAUGUGGGGCCAGAGGUGUCUAUCACUGAACUCCUGUUCUCCUCCUCCCCCAGACCGCCCAGGUUUGCUGAAUGUGAAGCCCAUUGAGGACAUCCAGGACAACCUGCUUCAAGCCUUGGAGCUCCAGCUCAAGCUGAACCACCCCGAGUCCUCUCAGCUCUUUGCCAAGCUGCUCCAGAAAAUGACAGACCUCAGACAGAUUGUAACAGAACAUGUGCAGCUAUUGCAAGUCAUAAAGAAAACAGAGACAGACAUGAGUCUUCACCCGCUCCUACAAGAGAUCUACAAGGACUUGUAUUAGCAGACAAGUCCGCAUUCACUGACAAUGUGUUCCUUCUUCCGAUUGCACUAUUAUUUUGAGGGGAAAUCUGACACCUAAAAAAUUUACUGUGAAAAAGCAUUUUAAAAAGAAAAGGUUUUAGAAUAAUAGAUCUAUUUUAUGCAUAUUGUUUAUAAAGAUACAUUUACAAUUUACUUUUAAUAUUAAAAAUUACCACAUUAUGAAA